AUGUCGAUUUUCUUGGCCCCCAAAGGCAUUAUUGAUGAUAUCCAGGCAAAGCUAAGCAGAGCUUGGUGGGUGGGAAAGGAGAAAGGAAGAUACUGGACUAUGAUCCCAUGGAAAACCUUAUGUAUACCGAAGGCUAUGGGAGGACUUGGAAUACGUGAUGUUCACCUUUUCAACUUGGCUCUCUUAGGGCGUCAAGUGUGGAGACUAAUAAACAACACAGACUCCCUAUGUUUCAAAGUUCUGUCUUCAAAAUACUUUCCUGAUGGCAACAUUUUUAACGCAAAAAAGGUUGACAAAGCAUCCUUCACCUGGUCAAGCAUUUCGAAAAUGGAGGAAGUGCUGAAAGAAGUAUUUGGAUGGCAGGUCGGAAAUGGUGAGAAGAUAAACAUUUGGGCCGAUAACUGGGGUAUGGAAGGCCUCAAUGGGGACGCUAUUAAAAGAGCCACCUUAAACCAAAAUGAAAAGAGGGUAAAUGACCUGUGGCUUGCGGAUAGCAGAACUUGGGACGCAAACAAAGUGAAGCAAGUUUAUGGAUGUGACUGGGGUGAAAAGAUCUGUAACAUUCCCAUUGGCGAUGAGGGACAAGUGGAUAGAAUGAUAUGGUUUCAUAACCCACAUGGAUGUUUUACUUCAAAGUUUGCCUAUUCCUGGCUGCUGUUGAAAGAAAUAGGAUAUAGCCCUCACAGGUUUUUUUGGAAAGCCAUAUGGAAGCUCGACACUUUACCGAAGAUCCGGGUUUUUACGUGGAGGGUGGGCAUGAGAUUCUCCUGA